GACUGAUGUGAAACCCCGCCGCUGAAGUACGUGCUCCCCGAGCCUUGAUCCAGCGGGCGGUUGUUGUGAUCAUGUCUGUCCACAUAGUGGCCCUGGGUAGCGAGUGUCCUGGGGGCGUCGGGCCUGGGGACGAGACGACCGGCCCGGGACAGAUCCAAGGUGGCUUGUUGUGGAGUUACCUGGGCCACGGAGCUCGGGAAUUGGAUCCAAACUCGGUGACGCCAUCAAGGCAUCCCUUGAACCCUGCAUUUAUGGAGUACCAGUCUAGAGUGUUCGGGGAUGUCAGAGUGAUGGUGCGGGAUUGUCCCAGUUGGGACCUUUCGGACAGCGACUGGGCGAGCAUCCGGAGCGUUCUGGAGCAGGCCGACAUCGUGGUCAUUAAGUACUCGGUCAAUGACAAACUGGCCUUUCAGCAGGUCCGAAACGUCUACGCCCCAAGACUUCGCCCUCUUCUUCGACACUGGGGUGUUCCUGUGAUUCUGGUAGCCGUGGGGGCGAGGCUAAAUGAUGAAGGCCCGCCGUGCACAUGUCCUCUGUGUGCGUCCGACUGGAGCAGCUGUGUGCCCCACAGUGAGGGGCUCCAGCUGUCCAGGGACCUGGGGGCCACUUACCUGGAGCUGCCCUCUCUAAACAACUUUUUUGUGGAUCGUUACUUUGGCAGUGUGCUGGAAUACUUCAUGAUUCAGUGUCUGAAGCAGAAAGCCAAAGAACGGCCAGACAAACGGCGGGGUCACAGGUUUAACGAGCCCCGUCCCCCUCAUUUGGACCAACCAGCGCGUCUUCCCCUGGUGAGGGUGGAGGAAUCUUCCUUCUCUCAGGACUUGCAGUGGCUCCUCGAACGCGGCGUUCAAUUCGCAGAUGUGGCGUUCUACGCCGGGGACUCUGGGAAGGAGCUGGGCUGGGCGCACGCGUCCGUUCUGUGUGCCGUCAGCCCAUACUUCAGACAGCUGCUGGUGGGACGGCAGGCCUGGGAAAGGCCCGUUUCACGCUGCACCUGCAGGGACAGAGACGGCCCCCACUCGCUUUUGUCCACCUGGGAUGGAGGCAUAGAUGAUCUACCCAGAGCAGACGGACACCCUCCCGGACACCUUUCACGGCUGGUUGUGAAGGAGCCGCUGCUCUGUUUAUGCCUGUGGGAGACGUUAAUGUUUCUUUACAGAGGGGCCUGGGAAUGGGAAUACCUGGAGGAAGCUAUUGCUGAAAAACUGAAGAACCCUUUGGCCGUAGCCCAGCUGAUUGACAGGAUACGCUCAUUCGUUGGAAGAGAAAAGGCCCCCAGGGACACACCCACACCCCGCUCUCAACAAGGUCCUUUGACACUAGGAAGCCUCUUCAAUUCCCCUCUAUACUCUGAUGUCAUCUUCAUGGUGCAAGGAAGCGUGCUGCCAGCGCACAGAGCCGUGCUUGUGGCCCGCUGUGAUGUUAUGGCUGCCAUGUUCAGUGGGAAAUACGCAGAAGCACGAAGUCGUGUGGUGCCAAUACAUGGAGUCUCGUCUGAUACCUUUCUAGCUUUCCUGGAGUACCUCUACACUGACACCUGCUGUCCAGCCAGUGUGCUGCAGGCCAUGGCUGUGCUCGUCUGCGCAGAGAUGUACCAGGUGAAACGGCUGCAGCACCUGUGUGAAGUGUGUGUCUGCGCGUAUCUUCAGAGUAUGCCCAGUCGAGAGCUAGCAUCUACGGGCAUCAGUGUGAUUCGCUUACUGAGGAGAGCAAAGUGUCACAACGCUGACCAGCUCUAUGUCUGGCUCCUCCAUUUCAUUGCCAAUAACUACCUGAUCUUCAGUCACAAGCCUGACUUCCUGGAGCUAUCAGACGAGGAGCGUGAGCAGGUGGAGCGACUGCGUUGGCCCUCCAGAGGUUACCUACAGGAGCUCAGCGAGUACCAGCAACGCAGGCGGCAGAUCCGCAAGUCUCGCUGCAGCAUCAUGUGACCCCUUCUUGACGCC